AUGUCUGACCGGAAUACAUCCGACCAACCCAAUGGUGGCAGGGCAUCAGUCUCCAAUACCGACCAUCGAGAUGAUCUUUCCGACGAGAAAGUCCAGGUUGCGCAAUGCGUCGAGAACGCUGUCCCUGGCGAUGGCCCUAUCGCCCCUCUGGACAUACAAGCCCGGUUUGAGCUCCUCCGCCACCUCUCGUCCAACGAGAUGGAAGUCCUCAACAAACGCGUUCGCAGCAAGAUCGACUGGCAUAUGAUGCCUUGCGUCACCCUCAUGUUUCUGAUGAAUUACCUGGAUCGCAUCAACGUGUCCAAUGCUCGACUUGCAGGCCUUCAGAAGGACCUGAACAUGACCGACACGGUUUGGAAUGCUGGAAUAUCAACCUUUUAUGUGGGAUAUCUUGUUGGGCAGUUGCCUGGAAACCUCCUAAUGGCUAAGACGAACCCGCGACUGUUCCUCCCGACUAUUAUGCUCAUGUGGAGUGCAGGCACAAUUUGUAUGCCUGCAAUGGCAAAUGGCGCAGGGUUUUGCGUAGUGCGUUUCUUCAUCGGGUUGACUGAGGCACCCUUCUUCCCGGGUCUCACGCUGAUGACCUCAUCCUGGUAUACCAAAGAAGAAAGCCCGCUGCGAAUGGCUAUCUGGCAUGCGGGAAACACAAUCUCGAAUAUCAUAUCGGGCUUUCUGGCUGCCGGCAUUCUCGAGCAUAUGGACGAUGAGGAGCGGGAAAUGGCCCAGUAUCGAAUCCUCGUCUCCAACGGUGGCAUUGAUGAGGGUGUUGGCGGGACAUGGGACGGCGUCAAGGAUGCUGUCAAGGAUCCUUUUACCUGGUUCUUUUGCCUCAUGCAUUUUGCACUCGUCACUGCGCAAAGCUUCAAGGACUUUUUGCCUUCGAUUAUGAAUACCUUUGGGUUCAACAAGAUGACGACCUACCUCAUCCAAGCUCCGCCAUACGCCAUCGCUUACAUCGCAACCUGCGCCAUCGCCUGGUCCUGCGGACAUUUUAUGGAAUCUACUUGGCAUGUAAUUGUUCCCAUCAUCUUCGCUGCCGGUGGAUGCGGUAUUCUCAUCGGCACCAUCAAUGUGGCGGCGCGGUACAUCGGCAUCAUUCUCCUCGUAGUUGGUACCUACAACGGUCUCAACUUGCAACUCUCGUGGGAGACGACAGUGGUGCCCGCCCCACGAGCUAAGAAGGCAGCUCUUAUUGCAAUUGCCAACUGCAUCAGUCAAGUCAGCCACUGGUUUAGCCCUUACUUCUAUCCAACGAGCCAGGAGCCGUUUUACCGCCUGGCCGGUGGACUAUUGCUCCUGGGGUGCGCAUUGACUGUUGUGUCGGCGCUGCUGGUGAGGUGGAGGGCAAAGAAGCUGAAUAGGAAGCUGGAUGAACUUGAGGGUUGGUCGGAAAACUCUGGCGUCGAACGUGGAUGGAGGUACAAGUAUUGA